AUGCUUUUGGCAGAAGAGCCCGCGACGCUCAUCCACCACACAAUCGCAAACUUCAACAUCCAGCCCGAUAAACAAGCCAUCGCGCGCAUCAAUGACUCCUACUCCACGCUCCAGCAGGCUCGCGAGAUGCGUCUCCGCGAUGCCGAAAAUGCCCUCAAGAAACUCUCCCGCCAACUAAACACAAUGUCCUCCCAACACGCCGAGCUCACGCAAGCGCACUCCUCCACCGCCCACGCCUCCGAGAUCGCCCGCCUCGACACCACCAAAUUCCGCACCGCGAAGGCCGCCUCCGACGCCGAGAUGGAGGCCGAGCGCCUCGCCCAGCAGGCCGCCGACCUCAACGCCCGCCUGCAGGAGCUCGAGAUCCAGGGGCUCGACGGCUCCGCCGACGACCAGCAGCGCCGCCGCGACCCCGUCGACGACGAGGUCCUCCUGCGCCUCAAGGUCUACCGCUCCCUCGGCAUCGAGAUCGAGCGCGACACAAAGGACGGCGAGUUCAGCCGCGCCGUCGUGAGGAACGACCGCAAGGGGGAUGUGCACGUCGUGAACCUGGACCCAAAGUUUUCAAAGUUCUUCUACGCCAACUACUUUUGGCAGACGUUGUGA